GUUUGUUUGUUAGUCAAGCUUAGAUUUAUAAAGCAAUGAGGGUGCGGUUUUAACCACAAAGUGAAAGUGUUAGACAGUUGGCUCUCUCCUAAAAAGUGAAUGAGAUUUUUCCUCUACAUUUUCCUUCUUGUUGACUAAUAUAUGAUGAAUACCUUUUUUUCAGAUUGGACAUACCAUAAAUAUAAAAAUAAAGCCAAAGAAUUUAAGCUAAAAUUCAACACUCUUCUUAACUAAUUUAACUGGUAUGGUCUCCAUAGUAGUCUACUGUUUUGUUUCAUGUGUUAACUUCCCUUUUGUUUCAAAAGCUCUUAGAAUAAGGAGUCAACUGGAUUUUUAUGUCCAUGGACCCCUUGUGAUUAUAUGCAGUGUACGCUGUGUGUGCGUGUGUGUGUGUGUGUGUGUGUGUGUGAUCCUUUUACUUAGAAAAAUGUCUGCUAUGCUCAUUAGAGGAUCAAAAGCAGGUUCUCCUUACUUGCAACAUAGGAGUUUCAGGAUUAAUCUGUAUUCAAGCUCAUUCUAUACCCUUCAUCAAAGAGAAAAGACAAUGUUUUGUGUCUGUUGUCCCUCUCACACACAGCCCUAAUAUAUAAUGUGUAACUGCCUUAUCUGCAGCCCUAAACUAAUAUAGCAAGAGGUCUUCUAAUCAUUCUGCUACCUCUAGGAAAGAAAUAUAGUCUUGAAAACUGCCAGUCUGGUGUGCAUACAAAAUAUAUACAAAAUACCAAGGAACAUUAUAUGAGCCUUUUGCUAGGUAUCUCUAAGCAACUGCUUCAGUUAAUGGCCACUUUACAAAUUGCUGAAGGAAGGAAACCUCUUUUGAUUCUUUUUUUUUUUUUUUUUUUUGAGACAGAGUCUCUGUCUAUUACUCAGGCUCUAGUGCAGUGGCACAAUGAUAGCUCACUCCAGCCUCAAACUCCUGGGCUCAAGCAUUCCUUCUGCAUCAGCCUCCUGACUAGCUGGAACUCAGGCUCAUGCCACCAGACCUGGCUAAUUUUUCUGUUUUCAGUAGAGACAAUAUUUUCCUUCACUAAUUUAACUGGUAUGGUUUCCAUUGUCUACCCAGUUUUCCAUAUGCAUAAGAAAAUAUAUUCACAGGAAAAUAUAAAGUUUUCAGAUUUCAUGAGUGGUUUUAAGAAAGUUUUAGUCAGUGAAAAAACUAUCAUACCAUUCUUCAAAGGAAGGGUGAAAUAAGUUGAUCUGCUACAUUGGCCAGGCUGGUCUUGAAGGGAAACAGACUUUUUUGUAGUCAUACUUAUCAUUUGGCUUCUUAGUAAGUAUUAUAUAGUCAUUACUCUUUGCAGUUUUUUAGAUCAAAGUGUUAAUGUAGGUAAAGUUAACUUUAGAAUAUAUGUAAAAGUCAAGUCUGCUUAAAUUUAAUUAUCUCUUUGGCGAGAGGGAUGGGAUGGAGCUUUGCUUUUUAUCAUAUAUUCAUCUGUACCUUUCAAGUAUUCAAAUAGAAAAAUAUAAACAAUGUAAAUAAAACAGCAAAACAAUAUAAUAUCUCAUAAAACUGCAAUGGUAAAAGCAUUUAUCCUAUUGAAAUUCCACAAUUUUUAUUUGAAAAUAUUAUCAACAUGUAAUUCAAGAGGCAUUUAGAAGAAUAAUUUAAAAGCAACAACUCUAUAGAAAGCUUGUAAAACGAUUAAGUAGUUUAAACCAAAUAAAACAAUUUCUGAGUCAGUCAUCUCCAGUAGGUCUAUUUUAGUCUCAAGAUAAAUUCAUUUCUGGUGACAACUGAAGUUCUUUGUUAUUUGUUAGUAUAUAUUGGAGACAUUUACAAUAAAGCUUAGAGCACAAUGGGAAAUGAAAGUAUCAUUUUUUUUUAAGAACAAAUGUAUUACAGAAAUGUGAGUAAUUUAAUCCGAUGCUACAAUCUGAUCAUUCUGAUCUAAACUGAUCAUUUAAUAACACUAAAUAAAACCUUCAUCUCACAUUCUUUGGCUGUUUCUUUUAAAAUAUGGGUUUAGGGAUAAAUCAAAUAAAUUCCAAACAAAGUAAUAAGCAAAUGAUUUUUUUCCCUCAGUAAUCUAGUAGAGUAUUACAUUUAGAAGUAAUCUGUAUCUCAGUGCAGUAACUAUUUAGGACUCUAAGCGCCGCUAUUCACCUACUGGAAGACAAAUGCAACCGAAAACACUCAGAUCUCACACCUCACAAAGACCCGCAGAUGCCACAAACUAACUGCUGGACUGCAGCGAAACCCCACCCCUGUUUGGAGGCACUCCAGGUUUCCGGAGGAUUAUUAUCUCCAUAGCUGCGGCAAGAAACUAAAUAAGACCCAUUUAUGCACAGUGAAGAUUCUGAGAGGAUUCUGCAGCAAAACAACAAUGGCCGCUCCACAGAGUCGCCCCAGACGCGGCGAGCUGAUCCUGCUGUGCGCGCUGCUGGGGACGCUGUGGGAAAUCGGGAGGGGACAGAUUCGCUACUCGGUGCCAGAAGAGACGGACAAAGGCUCCUUCGUGGGUAAUAUCUCCAAGGACCUGGGGCUGGACCCCUGGGACCUGACGAAGCACGGAGUCCGUAUCGUCUCCAGAGGUAGGACGCAGCUCUUUGCUCUGAACCCGCGCAGCGGCAGCUUGGUCACCGCGGGCAGGAUAGAUCGGGAGGAGCUCUGCGCUCAGAGCCCGCGGUGUCUGAUAAAUAUUAACAUCCUGGUUGAGGAUAAAGGAAAACUCUUUGGGAUAGAAAUAGAAAUAAUUGAUAUUAACGAUAAUAACCCAAAAUUCCGGGUCGAAGAUCUAGAAGUAAAAAUUAACGAAAUCGCGGUUCCUGGAGCACGUUAUCCACUCCCAGAAGCUGUUGACCCGGAUGUGGGCGUGAACUCCCUCCAGAGCUACCAGCUCAACCCCAAUCACCAGUUCUCCCUAGACGUGCAGACUGGAGACAAUGGAGCCAUAAACCCAGAGCUGGUGCUGGAGCGCGCCCUGGACAGGGAGGAAGAGGCUGCUCACCACCUGGUCCUCACGGCCUCGGAUGGCGGCGAGCCGCGUCGCUCUAGCACAGUGCGCAUCCAUGUGACAGUGUUGGAUACAAAUGACAAUGCCCCGGUUUUUGCUCACCCGAUUUACCGAGUGAAAGUCCUGGAGAACAUGCCCCCAGGCACGCGGCUGCUUACUGUAACAGCCAGCGACCCAGAUGAGGGAAUCAACGGAAAAGUGGCAUACAAAUUCCGGAAAAUUAAUGAAAAACAAACUCCGUUAUUCCAGCUUAAUGAAAAUACUGGGGAAAUAUCAAUAGCGAAAAGUCUAGAUUAUGAAGAAUGUUCGUUUUAUGAAAUGGAAAUACAAGCCGAAGAUGUGGGGGCACUUCUGGGGAGGACCAAGUUGCUCAUUUCGGUGGAAGAUGUAAAUGACAAUAGACCAGAAGUGAUCAUUACGUCUUUAUUUAGCCCAGUGUUAGAAAAUUCUCUUCCUGGGACAAUAAUUGCCUUCUUGAGUGUUCAUGACCAAGACUCUGGAAAGAAUGGUCAAGUUGUCUGUUACACGCCUGAUAAUUUACCUUUUAAAUUAGAAAAGUCAAUAGAUAAUUAUUAUAGAUUAGUGACAAGGAAAUAUUUGGAUCGAGAAAAUGUCUCUAUCUACAAUAUCACAGUGAUGGCCUCAGAUCUAGGAACACCGCCUCUGUCCACUGAAACUCAAAUCGCUCUGCACGUGGCAGACAUUAACGACAACCCUCCUACUUUCCCUCAUGCCUCCUACUCAGCGUAUAUCCUAGAGAACAACCUGAGAGGAGCCUCCAUCUUCUCCUUGACUGCACACGACCCCGACAGCCAGGAGAAUGCCCAGGUCACUUACUCUGUGACCGAGGACACGCUGCAGGGGGCGCCCCUGUCCUCGUACAUCUCCAUCAACUCUGACACCGGUGUCCUGUAUGCGCUGCAAUCUUUCGACUAUGAGCAGAUCCGAGACCUACAGCUACUGGUAACAGCCAGCGACAGCGGGGACCCGCCCCUCAGCAGCAACGUGUCACUGAGCCUGUUCGUGCUGGACCAGAAUGACAACGCACCCGAGAUCCUGUACCCCGCCCUCCCCACAGACGGUUCCACUGGCGUGGAGCUGGCUCCCCGCUCCGCAGAGCUCGGCUACCUGGUGACCAAGGUGGUGGCGGUGGACAGAGACUCGGGCCAGAACGCCUGGCUGUCCUACCGUCUGCUCAAGGCCAGCGAGCCGGGACUCUUCUCGGUGGGUCUGCACACAGGCGAGGUGCGCACGGCUCGGGCCCUGCUGGACAGAGACGCGCUCAAGCAGAGCCUCGUGGUGGCCGUCCAGGACCACGGCCAGCCCCCUCUCUCCGCCACUGUCACGCUCACCGUAGCCGUGGCUGACAGCAUCCCCGAAGUCCUGACCGAGUUGGGCAGUCUGAAGCCUUCGGUCGACCCGAACGAUUCGAGCCUUACACUCUAUCUCGUGGUGGCAGUGGCUGCCAUCUCCUGUGUCUUCCUCGCCUUUGUCGUUGUGCUUCUGGGGCUCAGGCUGAGGCGCUGGCACAGGUCACGCCUGCUCCAGGAUUCCGGUGGCAGAUUGGUGGGCGUGCCUGCCUCACAUUUUGUGGGUGUUGAGGAGGUACAGGCUUUCCUGCAGACCUAUUCCCAGGAAGUCUCCCUCACCGCCGACUCGAGGAAGAGUCAUCUGAUCUUUCCCCGGCCCAACUACGCAGACACUCUCAUCAGUCAGGGGAGCUGUGAGAAAAAUGAUUCUUUGUUAACAUCCGUAGAUUUUCAUGAAUAUAAGAAUGAAGCUGAUCAUGGUCAGGUGAGUUUAGUUCUUUGCUUGCUUUUAAUUUCCAGAUGAAUUUUAUUUGGCAUAAAUCAUGUUUUGAAAAACAUUGUGAAGAUAGUUGAAAAUAAUUUUUAAGGCGUAUCACAGAGUUUUGGGUUUAUUUUGGUGGUGUUACUAUAAAAUUGAACUCUAAUAGUCGUAGGUUAUUGUUUCAUUUGCUUUUAAACGACUUGGAAAAGAUUGUUCAACCAUUUUAAACCUUCCAGUAUUUUAUUCCUAUUAUCACUCAUUCACUUAAGAAGUACCUACCCGUCCAAACUUGUGAUUUUGUUAUUGUUUGUGUGUGCAUGUGUGUGUGUGUGUGUGUGUGUGUGUAUCCCAAACUAGAACUUCAGAAAAUUAUCAAGAAGUCUAAAGCCUUGUUAUUAGCUUAGCAAAAGUAAAAUAUAUCUCAGAAUUUUUAGGGUUAUGUUUAACAUUUGAACCUAUAACUAGGCUCUUGAAGGUUUCUUCACUUUAAACCUCUUUUCUGAGCCCUGUUUCUGUACCAGUGCCCUUCAAAACUUUAAUACUUCUUACCAUCUUUCAAAACAUGAACAAACUUUAAAGAUGGAUCUUGGUGGGAGAUGAGACUGGUUACUAAAUAUUAAGUAUGUGUGUCAGUGGUCACCUGGGCUCCAUGCCCAUGGAGAAAUGAAAUCUAAAGCCUAGAAUGUCCAUUGCUCCCCCAAACAAAAAACAAAAGCAAAAACAUUAGAUCUGAAUUAAAAUGUAAUUUUAAACUGUUGAAAGUGACUUUUGUAAAAUACGAAAUAACAUAUUUCAAUACAAUUCCAAUGAGCUGUUUCGCUUGUGCAUCGAUGUGAAAUGGUGAGAAUGUUGAUUUUAAGAACCAAAGUUUCAAGUACACAAGUUCUAAAUAAGCUGAUCAAUUCAAUUAAAGUUAUUCAGUCUUGGCUGGACACAGUGCCUCAUGUCUGAAAUUCCAGCACUUUGGGAGCCUGGGGCAGGAGGACCGCUUGAGCCCGGGGUUUGAAACUGCAGUGAGCUAUGAUCAUGCCACUGCACUCCAGCCUAGGUGACAGAACUAGACCCUGUAUCUAAAAAAACUAAUAUUAGGCCGGGCGCGGUGGCUCACGCCUGUAAUUCCAGCACUUUGGGAGGCUGAGGUGGGUGGAUCACCUGAGGUCAGGAGUUCAAGAUCAGCCUGGCAAACAUGGUGAAACCCCGUCUCUACUAAAAACUACAAAAAUUAGCUGGGCAUGGUGGCAUGCGCCUGUGGUCCCAGCUACUCGGGAGGCUGAGGCAGAAGAAUUGCUUGAACCCGGGAGGUGGAGGUUGCAGUAAGCCGCGAUCCUGUCGCUGCACUCCAGCCUGGGCAACAGGGCGAGACUCCGUCUCAAAGAAAAAAAAAAAAAACUAAUAUUAAUAGUAAAAACUCAGUAUAGGCUAUCCAUUACUGUAUUCCUGCAUACCUUCUUGUAGCAUUUGAAUAAAGCUAAUCCUUGAAUUGAUUGUCGUAAGGUAGAAGUAGAUGACCCAAUAAAUGUUUGUUAUUAAUAAAAAGGACAUUUCCUAAGGAUUGUGUAGUGUUCUACUGUAUGGUGCAUAUUCAGUGGAGUGGGAGUUAACUUCAUAGUUUGUGUACCAUUUGGAUGCACAUUUGAGAGGACAACAUAUUAUUGACACUUUGCAAUUUUAAAAACUGGGAUGAAAGUUGCCCUAGUAGGAAAGAAAAUCCUUACUCUCCCUAAAAAUGUUGGCUAGUUGUUUUUAUUAAUCUGACAAAAGGACUAAAGAAGGUUGACCAAUGUCCACAAAUUUAUGUAAAUGAACUUAUGAGCUUCAUUUAUCCAAUUCCAAAGUCAUUUCUUCACUACAGUGAUGGUACAUAGGAUAAUAAUGCAAUCCACUAGAAUAUCCCUUUGUACCUUGUAUUGCAGAAUAGAUAAGCAUUUCCCCAAUAACUCUUAAGAAUGAAUUUAUGUACUGUAAAAGAUAUGACAUAAGACAAGUAUUUUGAGAUAUGAAGAAGAGCAACGUAGUAGGGUAUAUCAUUUCUUAGCUACAUCAUAUGGGCAGUAUACUUGAAAGAAUAUUUCCUGAAGUAGAAGAGUAAAGAAAAAUUAUUUUUAUAAAGAAUGUUAAUAUUGUCAGGAAGAGGAGAUGUUUGGGGAUUGGUAUAAAAUUGCCACAACUUUACAAAAUAGUUUUAAAUAGUAUAGAUUUCCCUAGUAUGUGUAAUAUAAAACACUAGAAAUAUUGGGGAGUUGGAAAUCA